UGGGAGCCAGUGAUUCAUACCGGAGUUCAGUGCCUUCCUAUUAAAGCACUCCCAAGAAAGAGCGUUUAUCUACCCAAAUCAGGCAGUUCUUGUUAACAGGGGAGCCACAAAUACCUCAUGACAGAGAGCGCACUUCAUGCGGAACGUCCUGUGCGCAAUAAGAAGCGAGAGACAAAACAGCUGCAUCCCCGGAGCCAAUCAGUCACUCCUUAGACAUUCAGCUCCCUUAUUUAAAGUUUCUUGGACGAUCUCGGGAUUUUUUUUCUUUCCAUCAUUUUAACUGCUGCGUGGUGUGGAUUACUUCAUUUUUCUUUACCUGUGGAAAAUGGCUUGCGUUUCCAAACGGAUUAAUGUAAAGAUUGCUCUGGUUUUGGCACUGCUUUCUUGUGGCUUGUCUUGGUCUUACAGAGAAGAGCAGAACGAAACUGACAGAGAGGUCUGCUCAGAAAAUAAAAUUGCCACCACUAAAUACCCGUGCCUAAAACCCACCGGCGAGCUGACAACUUGCUUUAGAAAGAAAUGCUGUGAUGGCUUUAAAUUUGUUCUAGGACAGUGCAUCCCUGAAGAUUAUGAUGUAUGUGCCGGAGCACCCUGUGAGCAACAGUGCACCGAUAAUUUUGGAAGGGUUCUUUGUACCUGCUAUGAGGGUUAUCGCUAUGACAGAGAAAGACACAGGAACAGAGAGAAGCCAUAUUGCAUAGAUAUUGAUGAGUGUGCUAGCAAAAAUGAAACGGUUUGCUCCCAAAUAUGUAUAAACACACCAGGCAGCUAUAGAUGUGAGUGUGAGGAAGGUUACUAUCGGGAGGAUGAUGGAAAAACAUGCACCAAAGGAGAAAGAGUAAGCCACUUUGAAAAAUCUGACCAUGUCAUGAAAGCAGGAACGUGCUCAGCAACAUGUGAGGAGUUUCAGCAGAUAAAACAGGCCGUCUUGCAGUUCAAACAGAAGAUUGCCCUACUGCCGAAUAGUGCAGAACUAAAUAAGCAAAUGCUAAGUGAGAAAAUCCAGUCAUUACAUCCUUACUUACCUGGACCUCCAGGGCAAAUUGGACCUCCUGGACAACCAGGACCUCCAGGUCUUAAAGGAUCACCUGGGCCUUUAGGACCACCAGGACCACCAGGACCAAGAGGAAUGAUGGGACCUAUGGGACCUUCGCCAGAUAUAUCCCACAUCAAACAGGGAAGGAGAGGACCAGUGGGCCUCCCUGGUGCACCAGGAAGAGAUGGAGCCAAGGGUGAAAGAGGGGCCCCAGGACCCACUGGACCACCAGGCCCACCAGGCUCCUUUGACUUCUUGCUGAUAAUGAUGGCAGACAUAAGAAAUGACAUUGCUGAGCUGCAGGAGAGAGUCUUUGGGCACAGAACUCAUUCUUCCGGGGAGGAAUUCCCACUGCCUCCUCAAAGCAUGAAGGACCCGCAGGAUAUUAUAGACCUGGGAUCAGGCGAAGACUACAAGCUCAGGUCUACAUCAAAGAAUUCCAGGCGGAGAAAAUCAACAACACAUUGAUCUUGACUACAGGGAAAAUAAAAACAACAACAACAAAGAAAAAAACAAAAACUUUAUUUACUAAGAUGUAUAUAAGAAAUUGUCUACAAUGUACAAAUGAAUUGUAUCUUUUUCAAUGUAGUAUUUUUAUCCGCAUCAAAACUGUAUGUAUGUCUUUUACCAGAUCUUUAUUUUUUUAAUCGUUUUGUCUUUGUCAACAAUUUUAAUCUUAAAAAAAAUUAUGUAAUAUCUGUGGACACACCACUGACCAAGCAUUCUUUAAAAAAAAAUGAAAACUAAACUCAAAAAAUAACUUGGCAUGUAAAAAUUGAUAAACACAGGGAGAAGGCAAACAGAUGUAUAAUAAAUGAUUCAAUCAUG